UAAUGGACCUGUGAUUCAAAAUGAUAAUGAAAAUUUAAAAUUAUGUCUACAUCAUUAACCGAAUCAUCGACAUCAUCGUCGACAUCAAUAACGGCUCCAACUUCAUCAUCAUCGUCAUCAUCAUCAUCAUCAUCAAAUAGUUCUGCUGAGAAUUUAAUAUUCAAUGAUGAAAUUGUUGCUAUCGAUGGUAAUGAUAUAAACAUUAUUAAUAAAUCAAUUAUGAUUCCAUUAUCAUCAUCAACAACAACAACAACGGCAACAUCAUCGCCUAUAAUAUCAACGACUACAAUAGUAACGUCGUUGUCAUCAAUUCCAGUUUCAUCAAAUACAAUAUCAACAACAAUGUCAAAUAUUGAAUAUCCAUUAUAUCAACAACAACAACAACAACAGAAACAACUUUCACCCCAUUCUCAUUCAAUCCAAGAAGAAUUGGAUGAAACUAAUAAUGAACACUAUACGAAUCAUUCCAAAAAUUCAAUUAUAAAUGUUUUAUCUUCAAAUUUAAUCAAUAAUAAUGAACAAUUGUUAUGGCAAUCACAACAGCAACAACAACAAUCAAAAUCAUCGUCUAUACCAUUAUUACGAUCAAUGUCUUCUAAUAAUAAUAAUAAUAACGAUGUUUUAAUGACCAAUCGUUCACCGAUUACAGCAUCAUUAUUUUCACAACAAUCAAAUAAUCAUAAUCGACAACAAAUGAUCAAUUUGUCAAUGGCAUCAACAACUCAGCCAUCAUCAUCAUCAUCAUCAUCAAAUUUCAUUAUUGAUGAUUGUGAUUAUAGUGGCAGUAGUAAUAUUCUAACAUCAAAUCCAUAUCAUUUAAUGAAUAAUCCAAAUGAAAAUGGUAAUAAUGGUACAUCUGGAGCAGCAACAGCAGUUAUUGCUAUUCAACAACAACAGCAUAAUAAUAAUGCACAAUCAUCAUCAUCGGCAUUGUUGAAUCGUUUAUCGGCCAUUACAUCGCCACCAUCAUCAGCUGCAAUGCCAAAUACAUCAAAUUCAUAUGGUAAUCUUUAUAGAUCAUGUGGUAAAUCGACCACUUCCACAUCAUCAUCAUUAUCAUCAUAUGUUGAACCACGUAAUGAAUAUGAAUCAUUAAUUAAACGAUAUGCCGAAUUGGAUAGUUUUCAUGUUGAAGUUGUAACUAAAUUAUCAAUGACCGAAGCUGAAAAUCGUCAACAUCGUAAACGUAAUAAUGAAAUUCUUCAACAAUUGAAUCAAGCAAUGAAUGCUCGUGAAACGAUGCAAGAUGAAUUACAUUCAUUAACAGCAAAAUAUGAGAAAGCACUGCGUGAUAUACAGGAACUAAAUGAUCAGCUAACAAAGGUGAAAAAACAACGCGAUGAAGCAAAUAAAGAAUGCCAUAAUGCAAUGAAUGGACGUAAUAAAGCUAAUCGUGAACGGCAACAAAUGUAUGAAGAACGUAAUAUUGCUAUUCGUGAAUAUAAUCUUAUAAUGUCUGAACGGGAUUCUGUUCAUAAAGAAAUUGAAAAAUUACAAGAAGAUCUACAGGAUAUACAAAAACGUAAUGAAACAAUUGAUAAAGAAUACAAAAUUACGAUGGAAGAAAUGGAAACACUAAGACGUGAAUUGGCAUCCGCUUUACUUGAUCGUGAUCGAGCAUUGAAAACAUUUUCUGAUUUACGUGAAAAAUAUGGUGAAUCAUCAAUGACAUCACAUCAUUCACAGACUUCAUUUAAUCUUUAUUCACUAUUGCCAUUUGCACAACAAGAUUCACAGCAAUCGCUACAACAGCAACAAGAUUUCACUGUCGAUGGUAUCCAUACAUCGCCAAUAAUUAUCAAUAACAAUAACAAUUUAAGCAGUAGUAGUAAUAGUAGUCUAAUUGGUAAUAUUGUUCAAAUGAAUCUUCGACAACAAUCACCAACAAUGGCAACAAUUAAGAACUUAUCAUUGAUGACUAAUGUAAAUAAAACAACAGCAGCAAAUCCACCACAGCAACAACAAAUUAUCAAUAAUCAACAGCCAAUGAUGACGAUGACAACAUCAUCUAGUACAUCAUCAGUAUCAACAUUUGGAACAUCUCAACAGCAGCAACAGCAGAAUCAUCAUCAGCCAUUAAUUCAUUCAACACCAAAAACAACAUCAAUAAUUGAUAAUAAUAAUUCAUCGAAUAAUUCAUUAGCAUCACCAGUGGUAAAUCUAGUCAAUACUACUACUGUUGGUGGUAUUUCUGAAACGGAAUCACUUCGUGAACAGGUCAAAACAUUGCAGCUAGAAUUACAACGUGCCUUACAAGAGAUUGAUUCAUGGAAAACAAGACGUGAUUGUGCCAUAAAUGAACGCGAUAAAAUCGUAUUGGAACGUGAAAGUGUACGUGCACUUUGUGAUAAAUUACGUCGUGAACGUGAUCGUAAAAUUAGUGAUCUAGCCGAUGCUUUACGUGAAUUAUAUGAAAGUAGACGACAAAAAAAUGAAACAACUAAAGAAGUGGAAUUAUUAAAAGAAAAAUUUGAUUCAGCAAUGAAAGCAAAUAAAACGGCAAUUAAUCAAUUGAAUUUAAAUGAAAAACAACAACAGAAGCAACCACAACAAUCACAGCAACAGACAAAUAAACCUAGCAUCACUUGUACUAGUCAAGAUUCCGCUAUCGAUGUUGAUGAUGCUCAGGCUGCUAUUGCUCAAGCUGCUAUGAAUCAACAACAACAACAACAACAACCACCUCAUCAUCAUCGUUAUCUGAAUAACAAUCGUCCACGAACAAUAGUUCAGCAGCAGCAAUCAAAUAAUAAAUGUUCAAUGCAGACAGUAUCAUUGCCAAUUUUAAUGAAUAAUAAUAAUAAUGAUUAUUUAAAUCAAUCAAUAGAUACAGAUUCUACAAUUGCAAUUCGUCGUAUGUUUGGUUUUGCUGGCGAUCUAGUAUUAAUUGUUAAUCAUUUAACCCAUCAUAAUAAACAACAAUCGAUUUCAGAGCAUAAAAAUAACAAUAAUGUAUUGAAUCAUAAUGAUCGUAUUGUAUCGAUAAAUGGCACAUCAUUGAAUAAAAUAUUGUCCGGCCAUCUAUUUCAAUUUAUGUGCAAAUCUGCAAAAUCAUUGGAUUCAGAUUCGAAUACGAUUAAAGUUCAAUUAUAUCGUUGUCAAUCGAUCAUGUCAUCACCUGGUUCAUUAUUACAAAAUCAACAACAACAACAACAACAAUUGCAUCCAACGACUGAAUUGGAUAAACAACAUAAUUAUAUAGCGAAAGUAAAUGAAUAUACAAAACCUACAAAUUUAUUACAACAAGCAGAACCAGAGAAACAAUCAUCAUUAGCCAUAAUUGAUUCUGUGGAUGAUGAAUCUGAAAUUGAUGAUGAACCACGUGCAACCGUUGAUGAAGAUAAUGAUGCUGAUGAAGAUGAACCAAAUAGUGAUGUUGAAAAUGAAUCUGAAGUAAAAACUAUUGCUAGAUUAGAUCAAAUGUUGGAACAAUAUCAGAUUGAAGAUUCUACUUCUUCAUAUUAUGGAAUGAUUGGUGUUGGUGGAAAUAAUGAUGGAUUAACUACUACUGUCACUGGUGCUCCAUCGUCAUUUAUGAAUGAUAAUCAUAACAAUGUCCAAUGUAUAUCAUCACAACAGAAACAACAACAUUCACCAACAACAACACUCCAGCAUCCAUCAUCAAACACAAUUACAGGCAUUAUACGUCGUUCAAGUCGAUCUAAUAAAAAAUCCAUUAAACAAAGAAAUUCAACAUUAACAGCAUGUGCACAAUUAACAGGUGCAGCUAAAGAAUUAACUGCUGCCAUAAAAAAUCAAUUAACUGAUUCGAAUAAUUCUGGCACCGGUGAUACAUGGCCACGUUAUAGACCACAUCAAUUUCUAUCAUCAAUGUUGCCAUCAUUUUAUAAGAAUCAUGGAUUAAAUGAAUCGCAAAAAAAUUCAUCAUCAGCCACAUCCAAACAACAGCCACAAACAAAUAAAACAGAAAUGAUGAUUGGAAAUAUGAAACAUUUACGUACACCAUUAGCCAAUAUGGAUAAUAUUAAUAGCUAUGCAACGACAAUAAAUCGUCGUAAACAUCAAAGAAAAUCAUUGGGUAUUUUUCUCGAUAUAUUUCCUACAGCUGAUUUGAUGAUGAAAUCAAAAUCACAUUCACAAUCAGAACAACAACAACAACAAUCUAAUAAAAAUAUGGAUCAAUCCACUAUUGUAUCAUCAUCGGCAACACCACCAGCAACAACAACAACAUCGAUCCAACAACAAUCGGUAGUUAUCAAUGCUGCAUCACAAUUAUCAGCUGUUACAUUACGACAAUCACCACGUCAUCGUGAACAUUCACAAUCUAUGAUAAAUUAUGAAAAUCCAUAUGGUACAACGACAACAAAUUCUGGCAAUCAACGAUCAACCAUUUUGCCGACAACGAUGAAUCCAUUGAAAACACGAUCAUCACAGAUAAAUUAUGAUCAUAUAGCAGCAUUGAUCAAUUAUGGACAACAGCAAACACAACAACAACAUUAUCAUCGUUCAUUACCAUCGCAGCAACAUGUUUUAUUUCAACAACAACAACAACAACAACAGCCUCAAUCACAACAGCAAUAUAUUUAUUUAGAACAACAACCAACAACUGUUUCUUCUGCUUCCGCUACUGCUACAUCAAAAUUGACAUCUUCAUCAACAUUACAACGAAGUUUAACAUACAAUAGCUUAAAAACUAUGAAUAAUGAACAAAUUAGAUAUCUAAUUGAUCCACCUGCUAAUAAUAACGAUACGAAUAAUUAUUAUUAUCAUAUGAAUGAUAAUCAACAACAACAACAACAACAUCAACAUUCAUCAUCUGGUAUUGUUGUUGUUGCUGGAACUAUUACAUCAACAUCAUCAAAUACGAAUCGUUCAAAUUCAUUAUUUAUGACCGGAUAUUUACCUAGUAAUCAUAAUCAUAGAAUCAAUACUACAGAUCUAUAUGAUAUAUAUGGUCAAAUUAGUUUUCGUCCAACAAUUGCAAUAACAACAACAAAUACGACAACAGCAGCAGCAGCUGCGGCAACGGCGACAGCUACAAAAUUGACAACCGACAAUCUAUAUGCUACACUUAUUGGUGGUGGUGGUGGUGGUGUUAACAAUAACAACAACAAUAUUGAUGUUGCUAAUAAUAAUUUGCUAAUUCGUAAUUCGAUGCCAAUUACAGCUUCUACUAAUAAUAGUAAUAAUUAUUAUAAUAAUUUACAAUCAGCAUUAACAAAUAUUGGUAUUCCACAUUUACAACAAUCACAACAUCUUCAUUAUGCUGGUGGAUCCAUCUCAGGUGUUCAACGAACACAGCCAUCAAUAAUAUCGAUGAAUAAUAAUAGUUCAUCAGGAUCAUCAUCAUCGACAACAAAUAAAUCACAAAUAAUACUGCCACAGCAAAAACAUAUGAGACAUUCAAUGAAUCUAUCAUCGACAACUAUUAAAUCGGCUGUAUUACCGACAAUAGAUUCAAUUAUGUUGCCAUCGGCAUCAUCAAAUAAUAACAAUAAUGAUAAUGGUAAUAUUAAUAAGAAUAAUGAUCAUGAAAAUAUGAUGAUGAUGAUGAUGAAUUGGGAUAAUGAAUUAGCAUCAUGUUCAUCAUCAUCUAUAACAAGUUCAAAACCAGGUAUUUGUAGUAAAUCUGGUCAAAUUUCCAAUAAUAGCCGUCCAUAUAAAGAGAGCUCAAAUUUUUCCACCAUUUUUGAUUCCAAUGCCCUUUCAUCGCGUGCAAGUAUAUCAAGUACACAUAGUGCAUCUGCUUCCAUUUCUGCUGCGGCUGCUUCUGCUGCAGCCGCUUCUGCUACCGGUCAUCAUCAAUAUUCAUUAUCGGAAAAUAUUUAUGGAUCUACUAUCGCUAAUAAUAAUGCUAAAACUACAUCAUCACAAGCUUCACAUCCAAUUAUUGGUGGUGUUCAACAACAACAACAAUAUUAUGAUGAUAAUCAACAUUACACAUCAUUUGUAUCGACAAUUUCACGUUCACAAAGAUUACGUAUACCAUCAUCAUCAUCAUCAUCAUCAACUUCAAAUUCGAUUUCAAUACCACCGAUAACAAAAACAAAUAAUAAUCAAAAAAAUGUUUUCGGUAUAACGACAACACCAACAACAUUUAAUGGACCAAUAAUGAUGGUUAAUAGCAAUAAUACACCACAAAUUGUUAAUCCUAAUCAUCAUCAUCAUCAUCCACUUGGAUUAAUUGGUGAUCGUAAUUCAUAUGUAUCAAACACUGGUAGUAAUGGACCACAGAUUGAAGUAAAAUGGAUCAAAUGUUCAAAAGAUGGUUCACCUGGUUCACCAAUAUUGGAUCCAACUAAAGCACAACCGGAUGAUUAUCGUCUGAUCACUAUUGAUCGUAGUUCGGCUACAUUAGGCAUACGUAUAUUGCGAACAUUGAAUGAUCAAAAAGGUGUUUUCGUUGAAGCCGUAACCGAUGGUAGUUUGGCUGCGCAAGCCGGUAUUCGUGUCGGUGAUCAAAUUAUCGAUAUAUGUGGACUGAAUAUGCGUACAGCUGAUUUUAAAAAUGCAGCCAAAGUAUUGAAUCAAUGUCGUGAUCCAAUAACAAUGUUGGUGCAGAAAAAUUUGGAUAAAUUUCGUGAAACACAAAGUAAACAAUUUCAAUUUCAAACAACAACACCAACAACUACAACGACAUCAGCAACUAUAACGAAUUUGAAUCAAAAUGAUAACGGUAUUGAAAAAGAAUCAAAUAGUGGUAGUAGUGGAAAUAAUAAUAUUGAAACAAAAUUGGCCGCAGCAAUGGCUGCCGAUCAUAAUGCUGGCCGUUUACGUGCACCAAUCGUUGGACAUGAAUCUUCAGAUCUAGAAAAUAAUGUCGUAGUCAUUGUUGAUGAUGAUGAUGACGAUGACGAUGACGACGAUAAUGAUCGUAAUGAAUUUAGUUAA